CUGGUGUUGUUAUUGUACGGUACUGUUCAAAACAAAGCACGCUCGUGUUCGAUUGUAGCUGAGUGAAAAAAUCGAUAUAGGUGCGGAAAAUCGACUGGAAUCGUUGCAAAAACUAGUGCAAAAUAUUACCAAUGAUGGACUACGACGAAUUGACGGUGGUCGAAGAGCAAAAUCAGCCGGAAAGAAAGGAAAGCGGCAAGCGGGGACGUAAACCAGGCCGCAAAGCAUCAACGGAGCGGGUCGAUAUGAAGGCAAAGCUCGAACGCAGCAGACAGAGUGCCCGGGAGUGCAGAGCUCGCAAAAAGCUGCGCUAUCAGUAUCUGGAGGAGCUAGUCAGUGAUCGCGAGAAGGCCGUGUACGAGUUACGCCGCGAGCUGGAGAAACUUCACUACUGGGCACUGGAGGUCGAUGCCGGUCGUUUCCCCGAGGGUUUGCAGGAGCUACUCGAGGAACUGGGUGCCCUGAAGCAGGAGUAAUCUCACGCCUUACUUGAUUUUCGUCGUUUUGUUUUUGAUUUGUAUGAGUUGCGUACUAUUUAUUUCGGAAAGACGAAUUAGUUCAGCUUAGAUUCUAUCGGUUGUAACGUUUUGCUUUUAUUGGUGUUUGGCGGAAACCGCAUAAGUUUGUUUUAGUUGUAUCGUAAAUUAGAGUAGUUUGGUUAUGCGUUUUAGGUUUCAACAUAAAUAUGUGAUUAAAAAGUAACAAAAAAUAUUGUAAAACGAAGAAAACUACAAAAAAAAACACAAUAUCUUGAACGAUAUACAUUAACCUCAUCGAAUGGUAAUACUAAGUACAACCAACCCAAAUAUACAAUAGGAUAUGAUACAUGUGUUUUUGCGAUAGAGCUGGGCUGUCACUACGCUGAUCACUAGUGAAUGAAACACUCAAUGCUACAAAUGUAGUACCAUAGCACUGGUUUGCAAAGUGCAUAUGCUGGUUUUAACAUUCUUUGUGGAAUCGAUCGCACAAUAAGCAUAACUAACAAUGAACAGCUCAUGAAUUUAAUUGUUUCCAGUAAACCAACAGUUAUAUACUUCAAAUGGUGGCAUAUAGAUUAAAACAAGCAUCUAUUUUUGUAAUACAUAUUUUAAGAAGUACCAAUAAAACUACAACGUGGAACAAGAA